CGACACGUGCUUCACUUUCAAAACACAGAGAAGUCGUCAUGCGACGGAAGAUUUAAUUUGAAACUAGGAAAAAAAUCGCUGACGAAGACCUCCAUGUUUUGUUUGGGGCACUUGCUGAUAACGCCGCCAUGUUUCUUUUGUGAUAGUUCAAUAUGCAUGUGUAGUAAAACUUCUUCCCGAUCAGGAUACGUUUUGAGGACUAUUGGAUAUCCGGUUUGGUGACAUCAGUACCGGUGUUUUCUUUCCUCAAAUCUGCGAUACUACCUGCCAAAUCGUCUAAAGGCUGAUCUGAGAUGGAUGGGGCAGGUGGAGAUGGUGCUGGCGAUAAUGGCACAAUAGGAGAUUCCUUUAUAAGUGCCAGCAACGCCUCCUAUGUUGUGACAGAUGGUGGGGAUGAGGCAGAAGCCGAUUCUGGUGAAGGAGAAGGUGAUGAAUCACGGAGUGAUGAACCCUUGCGGGAACAGGACCGAUUUCUUCCAAUUGCAAAUGUUGCAAGAAUCAUGAAGAAGUCAAUUCCAACUACUGGCAAGAUUGCCAAGGAUGCUAAGGAAUGCGUACAAGAAUGUGUUUCAGAGUUCAUCAGUUUCAUCACAAGCGAAGCAAGUGAAAGAUGUCAUCAGGAGAAGAGGAAGACCAUCAAUGGAGAGGAUAUUCUGUUUGCUAUGUCAACAUUGGGAUUUGACAACUAUGUGGAGCCUCUGAAACAAUUUUUACAAAAAUACAGAGAGUCAACAAAGGGAGAAAAGGGCAGUUCAACUCCAGGUGGAUCAGAAGAACUUGGGUGUAUAGAUGACUCUUUUGCUCAAACAAUUCCAGCCAAUAUUUUAACAACGGAUACCCCAGGACAACAGAAUGUUGUUUAUACCACAACGUAUCCACAGCAAGUCAUCGCACAGUUGAACUCUUUUGCCUAAGUUUGUUAUCCUGCUUUCGUGGUCAGCAUCUUACAAGGGUGGACUUAGGCGAGGAUGUAAUGUGGUUCACAGCUUUCUCUUUGUGCAUUUGCAUAUCAAGCAAUGUAAGAUGGUGCCAGUAGAGGAUUUAACCCUUACUAAGUGCGAGACAGAUGGCCUCAGAUCCAGUGCUGGGGAACAAUUGGCUCAGCUUGCAUGCUUCAUCACACAGUUGAUACUACUUCAACAUUUUCAUGCACAAAGAAUUUUAACAACUCCAUCAGAGUUUUAAUACACUGAUAAUACCAUCUGUUACAGUAUAUCUCAUCAUACUUCACUCAAUCUGUCCACUGAUAAGUAAGGAGGCAUUCUCAGUUACAAGCUCAGAUGAGAAAUUGCACGCUGCAGCAAUGAAUGAAUCUACUGUUGUUGGCGAAUUGAAUGUGUGUUAACCUUUGAUUGGAAGCACUUUAAAGAACAUUUACUCCCCACUGACAAUUGGCACAUCCAAGGCUAUCAUUUUUCAUUACUGUCCAAAUUACCUGGUCAGCUUUCUGAAAAUAUUCUAGUUUAAAACUUUAAUUUUUUUCUAUCCUUCAUGAUCCUCUUUUGCAGCUCAUAAUGUUAAUUCAGAUUUAAGUUGGAUCACGUUAAAACCAUCCAAUAAUAUUCUAUGUAAGACCUGCAGAUGGUGGUGAGCUUCCCACCAGGCUCUGCCUGGUCUCCUCCCACUGAUACUGGCUGCCGUCGUAUGAGUAAAAUAUUCUUAAGCACGGCAUAAAACUACAAUCAAAUAAAUAAAUGUUUUCUGAAAGGAUUUUCCUGUUGACCGUGGUAUUCAGACCAUUUGAGUGGUUCUGUGAUAAUUGAAUCACUUUGCUGAUUAACAGAGAAUUCGCAGUUGUUAUCAGUGGGUAGAAUGAGCAAAGUUUGGUAAGCGAUACCCGCUGAUAUUAUGAGUAGAGUUUUAAUCGAUUACAGAAUGUUGAAACAAUAGUUUCAAAGUGCUUUAUAUGUGGAAUGGUGUUAUAAGAACUUCAUCAGUCAAAAUACAAAGCUUAUGAACAAAUGACAACUUUCAGCAACUUGCUGCUUGUACAAACUCAUAGUGAUUGCAACAUGGGGGUUUGAUGCUGCUUUUUUAAAGUUUCUGCCUCUAUCCUUUAUUUCUGCAUGUGCGAUUAUUUAUUGCAUUCUUUUCAUUAAUUAUUUAAAGAUGUUCUUGCCACUGGUCUAUUUUCUUGUAGUAUUGAUAAGUGCUGAAGGGUAUGAUUUUAUCUCAUUUUCUGGCAUUUAGUACAAUCCUACGAACAAUGUAACUGUUUCGGAAAUAAAAUUGUGAGCUGCCACAUUAUCAUAGGUUCGGCUGGAAAAGUGGGGAACAGGUUUGUAUGGACUGGGUUAUAAUCACAUGGUGACUUCUGGUCCUGUUUAAUCGCAACAUCAGAAGAUGUUGAGUUCUUU